GUCCGGCUAAGAGGCCAGCGUGGGGCGUGCCCGGAGCCGGCGCGGGGUCGUACGGGGCGGCCGCGCGCACGCAGGGGGCGUGGCUGCGCUGAGGGAUCGGGACCCGAGCGCUGUGCUGCUCUGAGCCGGCGUCGCUGACUUGGACCCGAGGGUGGCACUGGGACUCGCCGUCGGAGGGAAGCCAUCUGCACUGCCUGGCCGCACAUCCCUGGACCUUCUUCGCGGGCUCCUCGCGGAGCCGCAGAUUGCCUCGGAUGGUGGUGCGUCUGACAGUCCCAUCAACUCUUCUCAGCUCUCCUGAGGCCGCAGCUGUCAGCUCCCCUGACCCUCAGCACUUGCCUGGAAUGCCGGGGUCUGCCACGCCCCUCUUCAGCCCAUCUCUGUUCCGUUGUGUCUUGUGUGCUGCUCCUGCCCACCCUCCCCUCUGCACCGGCUCUCCCUUCCUCCUCCCUUCUUGUAGUUGGUGCAGCAGCUGCCUCCGCUCCCAGCAUGCUUUGUGGCCGUCACCGUCGGCAGGGUCCUUGCAGUGCCAUCCGGGCAGCAGCCACUUAGGCCAGUACACACUCUUGGCCACAGAUGGACCGGGCUUCCCCUGGGGUCACGUACACUGCCCUUAGUGGACCCCUGGAUUGAGCGGCCCUGCUGUGGGGACCUGUGUGUGUGCACAUGACCAUGGAACAGGAGAGCACACCCAGUGAUGUUCCUGGUGGUGACUGCACCCCCACCCGCAUGGCGGCCCCGCCGCCACCAGACCCCCAGUUUGUCCUCCGAGGCACCCAGUCAGCAGUGCACGCGCUACACUUCUGCGGAGGAGCCCAGGGGCAAGGUCACCCACUGCUCCUCUCUGGGUCCCUGAGUGGGCUGGUGCACAUCUGGAGCCUGCAGACACGGAGAGCAGUUGCCACCCUGGAUGGCCACGAAGGCCAAUGUGUGACCUGGCUACAGACACUGCCCCAGGGGCACCAGCUCCUCAGCCAGGGCCGGGACCUGAAGCUGUGCCUAUGGGACCUGGGAGAGGGCAGAAAUGCUGUGGUGGAUUCCGUGCGCCUGGAGAGCAUCGGCUUCUGCAGGGGCUCUGUCCUGGCGAGGGGCCAUCAGCACUGGACGCUGGCCGUGCCAGGGAGAGGCAGUGAUGAGGUUCAGAUUCUGGAGAUGCCAUCCAAGACGUCAGUGUGCACCCUAAAGCCAGAGGCAGAUGCCAAGCCGGGCAUGCCCAUGUGCCUGGAGCUGUGGCAGGCCAACUCCAGCCCCCGCCCGCUCCUCCUGGCUGGCUAUGAGGAUGGAUCGGUGGCCCUGUGGGACGUUUCCGAGCGGAAGGUGUGCAGCCGCAUUGCCUGCCACACAGAGCCCGUCAUGGCCCUUGACUUUGACUCCCAGAAGGCCAGGGGCGUCUCAGGCUCCGCAGAGAAAGCGCUGGCUGUCUGGAGCCUGGAUGAGCAGCAGGCCCUGCAGGCACUCAGGACUCAGGAACUCACCAACCCUGGAAUCGCUGAUGUCAAGAUCCGGCCAGACCGCAAGAUCCUGGCCACUGCAGGCUGGGACCAUCGCAUUCGUGUGUUUCACUGGUGGACAAUGAAGCCCCUGGCUGUGCUGGCCUUCCACAGCGCUACCGUCCACUGUGUGGCCUUCGCCACUGACGGCUUGUUGGCUGCGGGAUCCAGGGAUCAGCGCAUCAGUGUCUGGUCACUCUACCCACGCACGUGACUUGCCCGCUCCCUUGUCAGGAUGUGUGGAGGGCAGGGAGGUGGGCGCCCGCACUCCAGCCUGACCCAGGUGUGUGGAAACCAUAUGUGGGGACCCUGAGGAUGGCAAGUCGCGGGUUCUCUUCCAGUUACGAGAAGAGCCCAGUCCAUGGAGUCUUUGCUUUCUGCACGAGGCUUGUGUUUCCUUUCAUGAAAUACAGCAUCUGUACAACUGGC